AUGGACAUGAGCAACAUGGACAUGGGCGACAACUCGUCGUCGUCCAUGACGAGUCAGAUGAUGGCCGUAUUCCAAAACAAAAUGGCGACGUCCCUGUACUCGAAAUCCUGGACGCCGAGCACGAGCGGCGCCUACGCAGGCACCAUCAUCUUCCUCAUCAUCCUGGGAAUCGCGCUGCGGCUCCUGCUGGCCGGCAAGUCGAUCGCCGAGGCGCGGUGGCUCGACGCCGAGAUGAACCGCCGCUACGUCGUGGUGCAGGGUAAGCUGCCGCUGGCCGAGACGCUGUCGCGCGACGACCAGUGCAAGCGCAUGACGCUGAGCGAGAACGGCAUCGAGGAGGAGGUCAUGGUCGUGCAGAAGAGGACGGUCGAUGCGCGGCGGCCGUGGCGGCUUUCCGUGGACCCCCUGCGCGCGACAUUGGAUACGCUGAUUGCGGCCGUCAGCUACUUACUCAUGUUGGCGGUCAUGUCGAUGAACAUCGGCUAUUUCCUGGCCGUCCUGGCCGGCACGUUCUUGGGCAGCUUGCUCGUUGGCAGGUAUCACGGCACGCUUGAACACUGA